CAAACCUAGGGGGCAGUAAGAACAGGAUGUUAAGGCUCCUCUGGCCUCCAGGGUACUCCUCUCUCUGCUUUCGGUGAUAGACUUCCUGUAAGGACUCCAUCUUGGUCAUGUGGCUCUAACAAAGUAACUAGGGGCCUGCAUUCUGCCUUCCUCAGCAGCCUUCCUCGAUCUUCAAACUCCCAGCUCCAGAACAUACAGAUUCUCAAGAGAGCACUGUGAGGACACUGGUGACAGGUCACUGCCUUCAGGACACACCAUGGGGCACAAUCACCAAGUUAACUCUGUUCAAAGAAGAGCAAGAUGCUGGGGUAUUUACCGAAGGAGAUUUCCCAACUGGGCUGAACCAGUCAGUCCUAGUAUGCAUCCUUCAUCCCGUCACCAGCAAGAUGGAGAUGCAACAGCAAGUGAUAUCCACAUGGAUUCUGGAGUAAGAUACACUCCUUAUGCUAUUCCACCAUAUCACCGGAGAGGUACUUUUCAUAAACAAGACAAAACCCUGGCUAACAUGGAGAGAGAGCAAAAAUCUCUAGAGAGAAGCAUUCAGGGACGUAGGCUGGAUAGGACCUCAGGGAGUUGGUUCAAGAUCACAGUUCCAUUUGGCAUAAAAUAUGAUGAGAAGUGGCUGCUAAAUUUGAUUCAGAGCCAAUGCAGUGUCCCUUUCACUCCAUUCAAGUUUCACUAUGAGAAAAUGCAGGCCCACUUCUUCGUGGAGAAUGCCACCAUCGCCUUUGCACUGAAGAAUGUCAGUGGCAACAUUUGGGACCAGGAUAAUGAAAGGAUAUCAAUAUUUGUCAGUCCCUCUGAUGUGCCCCACUUUGUGCACAAGGAACCGAAGUCAGAAAAGGUGCAGCAAGUAAAGCUGACCAUGAAGAAACGUGAUGACUCCCAGGAAACUCUUGACAUUCAGAAACUCCAAUUUGACCCAGACUUCAUGAGACAUCCUGAAAUGGCAGCAACUCCUAGCAAGUACAUGGCUGCCUCCCUGGGCGUUCAUGAAGAGAACGUGACUAAGCUUGUACCUCUCAACCCGAGCAACAGCAAACCCUACCAGCUGCCCGACACUGUGCCAAAGGCCCCCAACAUCAACAGCCUGAAUCUCUCCAAAACGGAGGUGGAAUCUGCAGGGGAGAUGGACAAGGAGAAAGGACUGGAGCCACAGCAGAUGCUUGCAGGCGGAAACGCCCCGUGUACCACCUUGCCGGAUAAAUCCGGCAACAUAAACUCCAUCCUGGAAUUGUUCCCCAAGUUAUUACGCCUGGAUGGCCAGGAGUCACCCAGACCAACUCUUGGUGGUACUGAAGCCCACAAGAAGUUGCCAACCAGCAAGGGAAGUGUCUUUGGAUCUGAAACACUAAAGAAUCUGGUCCUGCAAUUCCUGCAACAGUAUUACUUGAUCUAUGACUCUGGAGACCGCCAGAGUCUCCUGGAUGCUUACCACGAGGAGGCCUGCUUCUCCCUGACCAUUCCCUUCAACCCCGAGGACCCAGCUUCGAGCAGCUUAUGCGAGUACUUCAAGGAAAGCAGGAAUCUGAAAAUGCUCAAGGACCCCUACCUGCAGAGACAGCUGCUGAAGCACACAAAACGUGACAUCGUGGACACCCUCAGCGAGUUGCCCAAAACUCAGCAUGACCUCAGCUCCUUCCUGGUGGACGUGUGGUUCCAGGCGGAAAGGAUGCUCUGCUUUUCUGUCAGUGGGGUGUUCAAGGAAGUAGAGGGAAAGUCUCAGGGAUGUGUACGUGCCUUCGCUCGGAUCUUCAUUACUGUCCCUACCAGCAAUUCCAGUCUGUGCAUCAUAAAUGACGAGCUGUUUAUUCGGGACACUGGCCCCCAAGGGAUCUGGAGCGCCUUCCCCAUCCCAAUGAUCACGCCCUACUCCAGUUCUGUGGCUGCACUCUCCCAGGAGCAGCAGAAAAUGGUUCAGGCUUUCUCUGCGCAAUUUGGGAUGAACCUCGAGUGGUCUCAGAAGUGCCUUCAUGACAACCAAUGGGACUACAUCAGAGCUGCUGAGGUCCCUGGUCUGCCCAAGGUGACACCUGGGAAUUCAGGCCAGGACAAAAGCAAGACCCCAGAGGAGGCCCAGCCUGGGACCAGCACAAAUUGACUCAAGAUCCUGAAAACAAAGCCCUGAGAAGAAACCCUUUUAUGUCAUCAUUUUCAUUCUCAUCAUUUUGCUUCCAUUUUUGUUCUAGUGUGAGCAUUUUACUGUGGCUGAAUCGGGAGGUCUUGUUGGAGGUAAAAAGUCAAAGCCUGCCUCAGAGGGCCAGUUUUUCUGUGUAUUUGUCCCCACCAGGAUCCCUGUUUCUUUUAACAAUAAAGUGAUGCUGUCUGUUUAUAUCAAAUCCCUGCAGUAUCCACUUGAGUCAGCCAUAAUGAUCUCUGUUCCACAGAAAAAGAAAGGGACACAGAGAGUAAACAACACCUGGGAAACCAUGGAGUAGAGACAAAUCCUGGACCCACCCUUAGGCAGUAGCUGUGCUCCAGAGGGCCCUGUGGCUUCCAAAGGGGGGAGUGCUCUCCAACCCUAAGGAGCCUGGAGGCUGAUAGUCUAUGUCCCUAAUGCAUUAGUCAAAUAUUUUUAUGCAGAAAUCAUUAUUUCUUAGCCAUACAAAUCUAUUAAAAUUUAAAAACAACCUAUUUGGGGAAAAACAGUAUAUGAAAGAGCACAUCAAAAGCUGGGAAGAAAAAAUUGCCCAUAUAUAUGACUGAUAUACUAUAAGGAAAUCAGUAGAGAAGGGAAACUGAUAUCAACCUUUUUAUUAUUAAAAGCAAUAGUUUUGGGGGGGGGAAGGGCAUUUAUUGAAACCUUAAAAUCUGUACCCCCAUAAUAUGCCGAAAUAAAAAAGAAAGCAAUAGUUAAUAUCCCAAAAAUCUAUGAAAAGCUAUGCAACCAUACUAACAACUAAAACAUAACUGCAAACAUUGAGAGAUGAUAGUUUAGAAAAGAAAGCUAACAAUUGUUUUCAGAAAAAUACAUUGUGUCUAUGUGUUUCUAUAUUGAUGUAUUAGUUUCCUAGAGCUGCCAUAAUAAAGUACUACAAACUGA